AUGGCAGAGGUGGACCUCCAGGACAGGUGGGGCCAAGAGUCUCCUACCUGCAGCUUGAAUGAGGAGCCUCAUCAGCUGGGGAAGCUGAGCAUGAACUUAGAGAGUGAAGAUGAGGAUGCGAGGGAGGCACGAGAGGAAGCAGGCACCGGUGACCCAGAUCACCCCGCCUGCCCAAGGGGCAGCUCACAAGUGGCCCGGGACAGUACUGACUUGCCACGGCAGCAGCCAUGCCGGGGGGAGGAAGAGAAAUUCUCUGACUCUAGUGCUGGAGUUGUGGGGAAAAAAUCAGUGGCGAUGGCUAGGAAGUCCUGCGGAGAAAGAGGUGAGUCAAAGACCACGCAGGCCCAGGACGCCCCCAGAGCGUGCGGGGCUCACAGGGCCCUCUUCAGUGGCCUUUCACACAGGUGGUUUGGUAGGAAACAGCCGCAUAGGGACUCAUUAUCUGCAGGCGAUGAUGGAGACUCGAGGGCAAACCUGGCCACCUUGGGUGUCCCAUCCAGCCUCCUUGGUUCCGGAAGAUAUUUCUGUGCACAAAGAGGUGUAGACAUGUCCCCAGACAAUUCCUUCCCAGCGUGUGUCCCCAAGCCAGGAGGUAGUUGGAACCUCCCCCUGCAGGAGACAUGCACAGGAGCCCAGGGGUCGUCCCCACCGGCCGGCUUGGCAGUGGCGGGGCUGGCAAAAGCGAGGAGUGGCCGGAAAGGCCAGAGACCGGCCGGUGGGGGUGGGCAGGGGGAGACGCGUCCCUACAAGAGCCUACGGGGCAGCCAAGCCUUCCAGAAGCCCAGCAACCCCGGGAGCCCCGUGCAGACGCGAGGCGCCAAGCCCUACGCUUGCGAGCUGUGCGGGAAGGCCUACUCCCACCGGGGCACGCUCCAGCAGCACCGGCGCCUGCACACGGGGGAGCGGCCCUACCGGUGUCCCUUCUGCGACAAGUCCUACACCUGGUCCUCAGACCACCGCAAGCACCUCCGCACCCACACAGGUGAGAAGCCCUACGCGUGCCCGGACUGCGGGAAGGCCUUCGUGCGCUCCUCGGACUUGCGCAAACACCAGCGCAGCACGCACAGCAACGACAAGCCCUUCCCUUGCGCCCAGUGCGGCCAGACCUUCAACAAGCCGCUGUCCCUGCUGCGCCACCAGCGCACGCACCUGGGCGAGAAGCCCUUCCGCUGCCCCGCCUGCGGCCGCGAGUUCGCGGUGGCCAGCCGCAUGAUGGAGCACCAGCGCGUGCACUCGGGCGAGCGGCCGUUCCCCUGCGCCACCUGCGGCAGGCGCUUCACCAAGUCCUCCAACCUGACGGAGCACCAGACGCUGCACACCGGCCGGCGGCCCUUCCAGUGCGCCGACUGCGGCGUGGCCUUCGCGCAGCCCUCGCGCCUCGUGCGCCACCAGCGCAUCCACACCGGCGAGAGGCCCUUUCUUUGCGCGCAGUGCGGCCAGGCCUUCGCUCGCUCCUCCACCCUGAAGCGGCACCAGCAGAUCCACUCCGGGGAGAAGGGCUUCCUCUGUGCCCAGUGCGGCAGGGCCUUCCGUGUUGCCUCGGAGCUGGCCCAGCACAUUCGGGUGCACAACGGGCAGAGGCCCUACCAGUGUGAGGACUGCGGCCAGGCCUUCACCAGGUCCAAUCACCUCCAGCGGCACCGCGCCAAACACGGCACCUGCAAAAAGGAGCCACCCCCUCCUGUCACGAGUGAUGGCGCUGUCAGUACCUCUCAGGGGAGGCGAAGACACGGGCAGCCUCACUGCUGGGAACCCUCCUCUGUGGACAAGCCCAUGCUUGGGAUUGCCACCUAG